GUGCAAUUAAUCGACCUUACAAGAACAACGUAUCUCGGCGACCGGCUUAGAACUUGCUUUAAUUUGACUGAAAUUACCCUAUAUAUUGGACUACUAAUUACGACACAACCACUUCCGUCUGUUCAACAUAGUUUGGUUCGUCGGCAGAGAAGAUAACUUUCAGAGAAAAAUGCAGUAUAAGGCUCAUCUCGUAGGCCCAGGACCUUGGGGCUUUCGGCUGACGGGAGGCAAGGAAAACAACCAACCUCUGAUCAUAUCUCGGACCACUGCGGGCGGUAAAGCUGUGAAAGCGGAUAUCAGGCCAGAUGACAUUUUAACGGCAAUCAACGGGGAACCGACGUUUGACAUGACGCUAGCAAGGGCACAGGAGAAAAUACGGAUUACAAAGGGAGAUCUAUAUUUAACAAUGAUGAGGAGAGGAGCUGAUGGAAAUCACAAUCAACAGAAACAGCAACCACAUCAGCAAUCGAGAGCAGCUCCACCACCAGCGCCACCUGCGCCUCCUAUGCCGUAUCAACAACCUGCUCGGUCUCCUGCUCCUUAUCAGCAAAAUGCUCGGUCUCCUGCCCCAUACCAACAACACGCCCGUUCACCGGCACCCUACCAACAACAUGUCCGUCAACCUGCUGCCUACCAGCAAAAUGCUCAUUCCCCUGUCAGCUACACCUCACCUCCUGCUCUAUCCCCAGUCCGCUCCCCACAGCAAGUUGAUUACGCAAGACCGCCUCAAUUAUUUGGAAAGGCCAGCCCUACUACAGGAUCCCAAUCAUUCAGACCAGUGAUAAGUCCGAGUCCUACAAGCAAUAAGAAACCUUUCACUUAUGGAUAUGAUCCUGCCUCGGCGCGGUCGCCGGGAUUUAAUAAAGUGACGUCACCAAAUAAUGACUCGGGACCGAGGGUUGAGAUCAGACGGGAACCGCAAUACCAGCCGCAUCACCAACCAGCCAAAAUACCCAGUUACUAUCGAAGAAUUGACCCAACUCACGGCGCCGAAGAGAAAUACGAAGAGCCUCAUCAACCCAGUCCAACUGCCAAGGUAGUUCACCUUCAAUACAAUUCACCUGUUGGAAUUUACUCCGCUGACAACAUUGCCGAUUCUUUCAAAGGGCAAACCACGGACAUGAUUUCUACUGGUCAGGCAGGUGUUGUUAGAGGAAAUAGUCCCGGAUACAGUCCAAGCCACAUGAAUAACAGCCCAGGGCACAGAAGUAACGUAACGCAGGUGUACCCAGCUGUUCUUAAUCAAGCUCCACUGCCUCGAUCUGUUGAUGCGAAUUCAAGACUUAUCCCGCAACGAGAUGAGAUGUCUGGUGAUUACUAUGGUUACAAAAACCCUGGCUCCCAAUCCAAGUCUUUUAGAGUACUGCAACAACACGUAGCCCAGACGGGGGAAAUGGAAUACGGGCAGGAACUUUAAAAGAAACUAACAAACCAACAAACAAACACGAAGCUUAAACAUUGUUAGAGUAUGACACAGUUCUUUUUUCCUCCGCAAGACCGCGUCACGACAGAU